AUGUCAACCAUACCGCCGUCCUCACUGCAGUCUACCCAUCCACCUGUCAUCCCGCUUGGCUUCAACUCGAAGCAACCCGAAAAGGUCACGCUAUACCCUCUGUCGAACUAUACUUUCGGUGUCAAGGAGACACAACCUGAGGAGGAUCCCUCCGUGAUCGCAAGACUGAAGCGCCUAGAAGAGCAUUUUACUGAGCAUGGAAUGCGUCGGACGUGUGAGGGCAUUCUCGUAUGCCACGAACAUAACCACCCACACAUCUUGAUGCUUCAGAUUGCGAACGCAUUUUUCAAGCUUCCUGGGGACUACCUUCGACCCGAAGACGACGAAGAGACCGGUUUCAAGGCAAGAUUAGACGAAAGAUUGGCCCCGGUGGGCCGGAUAGGCGAAGGCGAAGAGGCCGGCGACUGGGAAGUUGGCGACUGCCUCGCCCAAUGGUGGAGACCGAACUUCGAGACCUUUAUGUAUCCUUUUGUUCCCGCCCAUGUCACACGGCCCAAGGAGUGCAAAAAACUCUACUUCAUUCACUUGCCCAAGACAAAAGUACUGAGUGUUCCAAAGAAUAUGAAGCUCCUUGCGGUGCCACUCUUCGAGCUUUACGACAACACCGCCCGAUAUGGACCUCAACUUUCAGCAAUACCACAUCUUCUCAGCCGCUACAAUUUCGAAUUUGUUGACGAAGACGGCAAUGUGGUGGCCAUGACACCUGGUGCUGCCCCCCCGGAAGGCUACGUGCCCAAGACGAAGGUUUUGGCUGGCGACGACACGGAAAUGAAAGAGGAGAACGGCACAAUUUAG